UUUUGCAUCUCACAGUGGUUCCUCAGGAGCGUAAAAUAGGAGAAGUGAAACCGAACAUUCACCCCUGUAGCAGAGGAGAGGAAGAGCCCAGAGGCCCCUUGUUUGGGGCCCGUUAUUUUCCAGUAGGUCACAUGCAGGGCCUGGCCAUGAAGGGUCUCACGGUGGCCGUCUUCUUCUGGACUCUGAUAUCUCCCAGCAACGGCAGCAAGGCCUGGCCCACGCACACGGUCUGCCGGAAUGGGAACCUGGAAGUGCUCUACCAGAGUUGUGAUCCAUUACAAGAUUUCGGCUUUUCUGUUGACCAGUGUUCAAAACAUUUAAAGUCAAAUCUCAACAUUAGAUUUGGAAUGAUUCUGAGAGAGGACAUCAAAGAGCUGUUUCUUGACAUAGCUCUCUUCACUAAAGGAUCGCCCAUUUUGAAUUUCUCCUAUCCCAUCUGUGAAGAGGAUCUACCCAAGUUUUCUUUCUGCGGAAGAAGGAAAGGGGAGCAGAUAUACUAUGCUGGCCCCAUCAGUAAUCCUGGAUUUGAAAUUCUCCCGGGAGAAUACCAGGUUUUGCUGGAACUGUAUAAUGGAGACCGUUCCACGGUGGCCUGCGCCAAUGCCACCGUCAUUUCUUCCUGAGCAGCUGAAACUUGGGGCAUGGUGUGUCUGCUGGGAACGGCAAGCCACUGAAGUUGGACCUGCUCUGAAGAAAAACCAGUCGACGACAGAGAGGCAGGCACAGGUUCUAGCCCCCGGACCA